AUGGGCAAAAGGCAAGCGGAACGGGCAGCCUUUACUGCAUAUUUGGAUCACGGUCAAGCAGUUCACAGUGGAAAUGUUCUAAAAUUCAACCAGAUAUUGUAUAACGUCGGAAAUGCUUACAACGUCCAUACGGGCAUCUUCACUGUACCAAUAACUGGCACAUACCUAUUUUCGUUUCAAGUUGAAGACUGGAGAACGAAGGAAUUGACUUUCUACUUGAUGGUUGACGGUCAGAACAUGGUAGACGCUAUUAUUGGCAACACUGGAAGUACCCAGAGUGGUAACACAGCUAUUUUAGGUCUAACGGUAGGAAAUGCUGUUUGGAUUGAAUCUGCUGAGGGAUAUGCGUUUGGCGAAAAUAACUUUCGUGGGACAACAUUUUGUGGUGCAUUUCUGUAUUGA